AAAGAGAGGUGAUUUUUGAAUUUCGUUCUCGUCUGAAAAAUACAUAUUGGUAGUAGCAUCAAAAGGGUUAUUUGGAAUCAGGGUCUCUGUACGAUUGUGGCGGGAAGAAUCGGCAACCAGGGUUUUCAGUUCCUACAACCAGGAGUUGCGAACAACCCCAUUUGAAAGGAGAGCACUGAGCUUCCAACAAGAACGAGAUUGAGGUUCAGAGACAUAGUUUUCAUCCACCGCCAUGUACUGGGUGGCUACCCGAAACGUCGUUUCUUUCUCCCGGUGGCGUUUUUUGGCGCUUUUGAUUGGCUUCCCUCCGCGCAACUUCACCCCAUUUACUCACUCACCGGCGUUUUUAAACAGUGAAAGGCAACGGCUUGAGAAGUUGCAGUUUGGAAAAGGUAGAAAAUAUUCAGGAGGAAGCAUCAAAGCUGCUAAGAAGUUUAAGAAUAUUAAUAAUGUCCAAGACGAUAAGUUCCUUUCUCACAUUUCAUGGUGGAAAGAGAUGGUGGAAUCAUGCAAGAAACCCUCAUCGGUUCAGCUGGUUAAGAGGCUUGACUUCUCCAAUUUGCUCGGUUUAGAUAUUAACCUGAAAAAUGGGAGUCUUAAAGAAGGAACUCUUAACUGGGAGAUACUACAGUUCAAGGCAAAGUUUCCUCGAGAAGUUUUGCUUUGUAGAGUUGGAGAUUUUUAUGAAGCAAUUGGAAUAGAUGCUUGCAUACUUGUUGAAUAUGCUGGUUUGAAUCCUUUUGGAGGUCAGCGUAUGGAUAGUGUUCCAAAAGCUGGUUGCCCUGUUGUGAAUCUUCGUCAAACUUUGGAUGAUCUGACUCGUAACGGGUUCUCAGUGUGCAUAGUGGAAGAAGUUCAAGGACCAAUGCAAGCUCGUUCUCGCAAAGGACGUUUUAUAUCUGGGCAUGCACACCCGGGCAGUCCCUAUGUCUUUGGGCUUGUUGGGGUUGAUCAUGAUCUCGACUUUCCAGAACCAAUGCCUGUGGUCGGAAUAUCACGAUCUGCAAGAGGCUAUUGCAUAAGCCUUGUGAUAGAGACCAUGAAGACAUAUUCGUCAGAGGAUGGUUUGACAGAGGAGGCCUUGGUUACUAAGCUGCGCACUUGUCAAUACCAUCAUUUAUUUCUUCACACUUCAUUAAGGAACAACUCCUCAGGUACUUGUCGCUGGGGUGAAUUCGGUGAGGGUGGUCGGCUAUGGGGGGAAUGUAAUUCCAGACAUUUUGAGUGGUUGGAUGGAAAUCCUCUUACUAAUCUUUUGUCUAAGGUUAAAGAGCUUUAUGGUCUUGAUGAUGAAGUUACAUUUAGGAACGUAACGAUAUCGUCCGAAAAUAGGCCACAUCCAUUAACAUUGGGAACCGCAACACAGAUUGGUGCCAUACCAACAGAGGGAAUACCGUGUUUGUUGAAGGUGUUGCUUCCAUCAAAUUGUGCUGGCCUUCCUGCAUUGUAUAUCAGGGAUCUUCUUCUCAAUCCUCCUGCUUAUGAGAUCGCGACCACUAUUCAAGCAACAUGCAGGCUUAUGAGCAAUGUCACAUGUGCAAUUCCAGACUUCACUUGCUUUCCACCCGCCAAGCUCGUGAAGUUAUUGGAAAUGAGGGAAGCCAAUCAUAUUGAGUUCUGUAGAAUGAAGAACGUACUUGACGAAAUCUUACACAUGCAUAAAAAUUGCGAGUUAAGCAACAUCCUGAAAUUGUUGAUGGAUCCUUCAUCUGUGGCAACUGGGUUGAAAAUUGACUAUGAAACAUUUGUCGACGAAUGUGAAUGGGCUUCCAGUAGAGUUGGUGAAAUGAUUUUUCUCGAUAGCGAAAGCGAAAGGGAUCAGAAAAUCAGUUCUUAUUUUAUCAUUCCUAAUGAUUUUUUUGAGGAUAUGGAAUCUUCUUGGAAAGGUCGUGUGAAAAGGAUUCACAUUGAAGAAGUGUGUACAGAAGUAGAAAGUGCAGCUGAAGCACUGUCUCUAGCAGUUACUGAAGAUUUCGUCCCGAUCAUUUCAAGAAUCAAGGCUACGACUGCGCCGCUAGGAGGUCCAAAGGGAGAAAUAUUGUAUGCUCGGGAUAAUCAAUCUGUCUGGUUCAAAGGAAGACGGUUUGCACCAGCUGUAUGGGCUGGAAGCCCUGGAGAAAAAGAAAUUAAACAAUUGAAACCUGCUCUUGAUUCAAAGGGUAAAAAGGUCGGGGACGAGUGGUUUACGACGAAGAAGGUGGAAGAUGCUUUAACAAGGUACCAAGAGGCCAAUGCCAAAGCAAAAGCAAGAGUAGUGGAUUUGCUGAGGCAACUUUCUUCUGAAUUGCUUGCUAAAAUGAACGUUCUAAUAUUUGCUUCCAUGUUACUCAUUAUCGCCAAGGCGUUGUUCGCUCAUGUGAGUGAAGGGAGGAGGAGAAAAUGGGUUUUUCCUACCCUUGCUGCACCCAGUGAUAGGUCCAAGGGGAUGAAGCUGGUUGGACUAUCUCCGUAUUGGUUUGAUACCAUAGAAGGGAAUGCUGUGCAGAAUAGUAUUGAGAUGGAGUCGUUGUUUCUUUUGACGGGUCCAAAUGGGGGUGGGAAAUCUAGCUUGCUUCGAUCCAUUUGUGCAGCUGCUUUGCUUGGGAUAUGUGGAUUUAUGGUGCCAGCAGAGUCUGCCCUGAUUCCUCAUUUUGAUUCUAUUAUGCUUCAUAUGAAAUCUUUUGAUAGUCCUGCUGAUGGGAAAAGUUCUUUUCAGGUGGAAAUGUCAGAGAUGAGAUCCAUCAUGAGUAGAGCAACGGAAAGCAGCCUCGUACUUAUAGAUGAAAUCUGUCGAGGAACAGAAACAGCCAAAGGCACUUGUAUUGCAGGGAGCAUUGUUGAAGCUCUUGAUAAAGUUGGGUGCCUUGGCAUCGUCUCCACUCACUUGCAUGGUAUAUUCAAUUUGCCUUUGGAUAUCAAUAACACUGUGUUCAAGGCAAUGGGAAGUGUCUGUACUGAUGGCCGUACGGUUCCCACUUGGAAGUUGAUCAGUGGAAUAUGUAGAGAGAGCCUUGCCUUUGAAACAGCAAAGAAUGAAGGAAUCUGUGAAGCUAUAAUUCAUAGGGCUCAAGAUUUGUAUGUCUCAAAUUAUGUUGAACAAGGGAUUUCAGGAAAACAGAAGAUGAAUUUGUAUCCCUCAAAUUCUUCUCAUGCAAGGCUUAAUGGCAAUCACAAACCCCAUCUCCUGUCAAAUGGUGUUACAGUAGAAGCUGAACGCCCAAAAACAGAGAAAACUAAGAAAAAGGUUGUCUCUUGGAAGGAAAUUGAGGGUGCUAUCACUGCAAUAUGCCAAAAGAAGCUGAUAGAGUUUCAUAAGGAUAAAAACACAUUAAAACCUGCAGAAAUCCAAUGUGUUUUGAUUGAUUCUAGAGAGAAGCCACCUCCAUCCACAGUCGGUGCUUCGAGUGUGUACGUAAUUCUUAGACCAGAUGGUAAAUUCUAUGUCGGACAGACUGAUGAUCUAGAGGGUCGAGUCCAUUCGCAUCGUUUAAAAGAAGGAAUGCGGGAUGCUGCAUUUCUUUAUUUUAUAGUACCUGGGAAGAGCUUGGCGUGCCAGCUCGAAACACUUCUCAUCAAUCGACUUCCUGAUCAUGGGUUACAGCUAACUAAUGUUGCUGAUGGAAAGCACCGAAAUUUUGGCACGUCCAAUCUCUUAUCAGAGAAUGUGACUGUUUGUUCAUAAUUCAACAAUCUCCUAUCAGAUGACUUGGUAAGAGCAAAAAAAUGAGUCGAUCUUCCUGCUGGAUUGUAUAUUACAGAUUGAAGAAAUGAGUUGUAGGGGAAUGAAACAUAGGCUGCAGUUUCUUUUUGUUCUCUUCUGCAGUUAUAACUCCAUAGUUUACAGCAGCAGAUAGGAUCAAUUUUUUUUAUGCAGGAAGUGUAUAGGCAUUGUUCAACUAACAAAACCUUUAUUCUACGCAGCCUCUGUUCCUUGCUUGAUUUAGUUCAAUAUUAUUUUGGUAACUUGAUAGGA